GACUUUGCAUGUCUGGAUGUUAAAAUCAAGGAUACACAAUUAAUUACAGUCUCGGAAAAUCUGGAGAUUCAAGAGGUACCACCCUUCUUGGUGUAACUGUAAAAAAAAAAUCUUAAAUGAAAUUUUUCUCUUCUGUCCUCAUCAAUGGUCCAACCUGUAAUUCUCUUAUUCACCCCUCUAUCUCUUUCCUCUUACAAAACAAAUCUCAUAAGAAGAAAAAACAGAGCAGUUCUCUCUCUCUCUUUCUUUCUCUUUGAGAGCUUCUGCCAUGUCUGAAACCAACAACAAAGCUUGACUCUUUCCUCUCAAGUUUCCUCUUUCUUGCAAAACCAUGAAGUUUUCUCGGGAAAACAUGAACUGGGUUAUCUCAGAAAUCAAAACAACUCAGAAUCUCCUCUCUCCUUCAUCGCUUCCACGACCACCACCACCAGUAACCAUCCUACCAAACACAAACUUCGAUAUAAACAGCAAGAUCAGUCCGAGCAUCCUCCUGAUAAUCAUAAUCCUCUCCAUCAUCUUCUUCAUCUCAGGUCUCCUCCAUCUCUUGGUCAGAUUCCUCCUCACGCCGCGCAGAAGAGACAGAGAAGACUACUUCGACAACGUCACUGCUCUUCAAGGCCAGCUCCAGCAGCUUUUCCACCUCCACGAUUCAGGAGUCGACCAAUCCUUCAUCGACACGUUACCUGUAUUCCAUUACAAAUCCAUCAUCGGUCUCAAGAACUACCCUUUCGAUUGCGCGGUCUGCCUCUCUGAGUUCGAAACAGAGGACAAGCUCAGGCUUUUGCCUAAAUGCAGCCACGCGUUUCACAUGGAUUGUAUCGACACGUGGCUUCUCUCUCACUCUACUUGUCCCUUGUGCAGAUCAAGCCUCCUCUCCGAUCUCUCUCCUCGCCAAGAUCCUCGUCCCUCUUUUCUCCUCGUUCUUGAGUCGGCCAGUGAUCAUAGCUCGAGAGAGAUUGUCGGAGAUAGAGGUGGUGCAGCUUGUGUGGCUGCGGGUGAUGCUGAUGACGUGCAUCUUAAUGCUCAUUCACGAUCCAGUUCUCAUCUGGGUUUUGUCGGAAACAAUGAUCUUGGGUCGGAUUCAAGUCGUAAAGAUCAAUACCAAGAUGGUGAUAUAGAAUCACAAGCUAUCAAGAACUCAAACACACACUUAACAAGAAGUCCUUCUCUUAUUAUUCAAUCAAUCAAGCUUAAGUACAAUAUCAAAAGCUUCAAUCACAAACUCGUAUCAUCAAACAUCAUCACAACAUUCUCUUAUAUAGAGAUUUCUAUUUUCCUAAUCCUAUUUGAUAUUACAAAAACCAAAACCUCAACAUAUUAGGAUUAGGUCAAGAUACUUGUUCACUAAGCUUUCUUAUUCUUUAAGCUUAAGUCAACAUUCUCCCCCUUAAGCUUAAAGCCAUCUUCACAAACUUCUUGAACUCCAAUGAGACUUCUCAUCUCUCUGAACUUUAUUCUACCAAGUGAUUUGGUGAGAAUGUCAGCUCUUUGUUCACUUCCCGGAAUGUGUUCCACACCAACUUGCUCGUUCUCCACGCACUCUCGAAUAAAAUGA